CUUCCCUCCUAAACGCAGCUGGAAAUUCUCACGCAGAGCUUCUACCUCGAAGGGGCCCUUCCAUUCACGUGCACCAAACCUCUUCCUUAACCACGGUGGAUCUUUUCGGAGAACCCCGGCUAGAGUUAUUUAGAGGAACCUAACCCUAGAUUGCACGUAGGAAGACGGAAGAAUGGACGCGUUGCUGUUGAAGAUCGUCUUCAUGCUAGCGACGGUCUCCGUCUUUCUUCCAGCCUCUUUCUCUAUUCCGUUCAUUGUCUUGCACGGAAUUGGGGAUGCAUGUCGUAAUCGAGGUGUUAAGCAGUUCACUGAGCUACUAAGUGAAUGGUCUGGUUCUCAAGGUUACUGCCUGGAGAAUGGAAAAGGUUCAUGGGACUCAUGGGUGGUGCCACUUGAUCAACAGACGGAUUUUGCCUGUGAAAAGGUAAAGAAGAUGAAAGAACUAGGUGGGGGUUUCAACAUUGUUGGCCUUUCACAGGGAAACUUGAUAGGACGAGGGAUAGUUGAGUUUUGUGAUGGAGCACCACCUUCAGGAAUUUUCUGCUUAAUCGCGGAUGAACUAAUUAAAACAGAGAUAUACACUGAUUUUAUGCAGGAACACCUUGCUCCUAGUGGCUAUCUCAAAAUUCCUACAGAUAUAUCUAAUUAUCUGGAAAAGUGCCGCUUCCUUCCCAAGCUCAACAAUGAAAAACCAGACGAGAAGAAUGCCACUUAUAAAGAAAGAUUCAGUCGAUUGAAUAAUUUAGUUCUCAUCAUGAAUGAGCAAGACAAUGUCCUGAUUCCUCGGGAAACAUCUUGGUUUGGCUAUUAUCCCAAUGGUGCCUUCAAUCCAGUUCUAUCUCCGCAAGAGACCAGGCUUUACAUAGAAGACUGGAUUGGUUUGAGAGCUUUGGAUGAAGCUGGACGUGUCAAAUUUGUUAGUGUGCCUGGAAAUCAUCUAGGAAUUCUACGGAGCGAUAUGAAGAAAUACAUGGUGCCCUACCUAAAAGAAGAUCCUUCUCCUAAGCCUCUACAUUUACUUAGCUGGUUUACAUCAGCUUGGGAUAUCGCAAUGUUCAAAACAGGAUUACAGGACAAUGAGCCUAUUCUUUCGCCAUUUAUUGAAUGAAUAGGAUGAGUUCUGUAUCCUUUUAUCCACA